UCGACAUGAGAUAUUGCGCUAAAAAAUGGACGACACCAGUGGGGAAAAAAGUGACAGUGGGAAAGUUUACCUGCAAAUCAUGUGACUCACAGCACACACAACGUGAUGAUCGUUGAUUAUGUCGGUUAUGAAUGAUAUGCAAAAUUCCGCUAGAUUUGCAAAACGUAGGUGCUGUAACUUGGCUAGAAUAAUGGAAUUUAAGUUCGUUUUCCUGGUAAUAGCGCUCUUGCAAGUUUUAUUGCAUUGUGCAGGGGCAGCUACGUGUGUGAAACAAGACAGUUGUACGUGCAAGUUCGACGAUGGGUCUGGCGUGAUAUCCUUGUCUACUCUAAACACAAGUACAAACCCUGAUGUCCCAAGCUUCAGCGUAACAUUAGGUAGCUACGAGUAUGGGUACAAUCCCUGUAGUAACUUCUCAUGGUUGCCAGCUUGCAAUGGUGUUGCGGUUUGCCAAAAAAGUACAAACGGACAAGAAAUUUUUGACGUCGGUGAUCAGAAAACAGCAUUAUUUAAUGAUGCAGGAACACAAAUAACAUACCAGGCAGUAGUUGGUGUUGUUACAAAAACCACUAUAGUCACACUACAGUGUGAUGCAACAGCAACGACUGCAGUUUUAACAGCUUCCCCAGAACAGCCUCCAAAUACAUAUCACUUAAAUCUGAGAUCCAACUGUGCCUGUAAGAAUGGUUGUCUUGGAGGUGGCCUAAGCCCUGGAUCAGUGCUUUGUAUCAUAUUCAGCGUGGUGGUCAUACUGUAUCUUGUGGCUGGGGUUCUUUUCUUGAAGUUUGUGCGAGGAGCCGAGGGCAAAGAGCUUAUUCCAAAUUAUGAAUUUUGGAAAGAUCUACCUCAUCUUAUCAAGGAUGGUGUGUUAUUUUUGGCUGGUGGAUGCAAAAGUGAUUCCAACUAUGAACAGAUUUGAGCAUGUUACACACUGUCAAAUCACACAGGGAAGACCUUGGGCAUAGGAGUACUGUAACUGUACUUCCAAGAGCUUAGCUGAGGAUUGAGCACAAGUUUUGUGAGUACAGAACAUGCCAAAUGAUGCUGUGGACAUGAGCGAGUUUCAACGAAAACUACAUUUGUGCGCCUAAAGCCUGCAGAAAGUCCUACUUUUAUCCUGAUUUUGUCAUAUUUUUUAUUAGAAAAUUUGUAUCCCACUGUUUUCGUACUUUUCACCAGGGUGUGCUUGAAAGCCUGCAAUAGGCUGACUAUAUGUGCUUAUGAGUGUGCUAUACUUUUUUGUCUUUUUUCAUUCCACUCCUUUGCUUAAAUUCUGAAGAUCAUUUUUUUCUUGUGGUAUUUCCUUUUCAAGUUUUAGUUUUCUUUUUAUGAAAUAUUUUCCAUUCAGAUAUUUCCUUUAAUGUGUGUGUUUGUCUUGCCUAAGAGUUCAUUAAAAUUAUAAACAAGGUUGAGUUGUUUCUAAUAUAAGUUGUUUUGUUUGUUUCUAACUUCAAAAGUGUAAUGUCUUGUAUAUCUUAAUAACGAUUAACAGAAACCUAAGGGUAACUGAUAUAGGUUAUAGUGACUAACAGCUAUGCUGCUUUUCAAAGGGUCCUAUUUGUUCUUCUUUAGAUAUGUAUUUUUCACAAAGAUUCAAUGUAUUUUCCUGGUGUUUAAAACUUAUACUUUUGUAUUAGCUUAUAAUGUGAACAAGGUAAUAUAUGUGAUACUUUUUUGGUAGCUUGCUUUUAGCAUUUGUUCAUGUGUGUCUUGUUUAAAUAUGUCAUCAAAGUUUGUACGGACAGUUAUUACGAGUGUGUAUGAAAAAACAAAUCAAUUGCACAAUGGGUCUGCCGUACAUAUAUGGAGGUCGCUGAAUUCUUGAAACCACAAGUCUAAUCUACAUAAAACAAUGCUGUUUUAUUUGAGUUGUUAAAAUGACGAUUGUCCACUGAUAUUUGUAUAACAGACUUUCCAUAAUACGUUUUGGUGUACAUUGUACACAUUGUACAUAUUCGGACCUUGUCAGUGGAUAAAUAACAUUGUUUACAACAUUUUGAUAGUCUUGUCUAAAUUAUGUACUAAAACUAUAAAAGGUUGUAUUGACUAAAUUAUAAUAUUAUUAAAGAAAUACCAUCAGUAGAUUGCGUGAAGUAUAUUAUUAUCAUUUUACAUUUAGUCGGCUUAAAUGUUAAUUGAGCCAAAUUGUGAACAAGUAUUGGAAAUAAAAAAGAUGUUAACAUCAUCCUACAAGGCAACCUA